CGAUUUUAACUUUUACUCAGUCAUUUUAUUUUUAACGUAUAAAAUAUUUACGUAGGUGCCACAGAAAAUUCGAAUUGAAGUACCAAAAUGUAAUACCAUGAUUUAUAAAUUCUACAAAAAAAAAUUUGAAUGCAAACAGAAAAUUUAAUAAUAUCAAGAUGCAAUAAAUUCGUGAUGAAAUCAGUAUGUAGGUACUCUUUGGUCGUAUCGAGCGAGAGCAACAGCUUAGUCGGUUUUUAAAUAUUGGUAUAUUGCAGAAAACGUACGAUCUCUACUCUCUACCUACAAUACAUACGCUCGCUAGUAUUACUUUGCCAUCACUCACAGUUCGCCAUGUACCACAUGAAGAAAAUAAAUAAUGACGAUGCCGUUGACAUAUUAUUGCCGAAGUGUAUGUACCGAUUAAGAAAUGUGAUUGAUUGGAAGGAGGACAAUGAUAUAAAUAUUAGUCAACAGGUUACAAAGUUUCUUAAGGUGCCAAAAAUAAAGAUGAGUGAAUUACAAGAGCGUCAGGAUUUGCUGCUGAAGAAACUAGAUGCUUUAUAUGAUCGUAUAAAAGUCAUUAGUUCAUACUGUAAAGUAAAUAAUCUUGAAAUCAAGAAGCCUCAAAUAAAAAGGAACACUAUGAAUUCUCCUGGGGAAAUUGUGUUUGUUGUCAGUCCAGACAACCUACCAUGGUUCUUGGACAUACUUCAGAAAACUUCAUUUCAUUUGAAUAUUACCUAUCAUAUUCACUCCUCUGUACCUAAUGGAAAAAUUGCCAAAAUAAUGACCUUUGUAAAACAUCUUCCUUUAUCUCAAAAUAGCACUGGAAUAGUUCUAAGACUGAUCUUUAAAUGUGUUUCAGCUGAUUCUGAAAUGAAAUUAUCAUCCAUGGCAGUUCCAAUUGUGGGGACUGUUAAUAUACUUCGAUAUUUGUCAUAUAUUAUUCCUGAUGUAUUUCCAUACAACCAAGAAGACUUCAAUAUGGAUGGCUUAAUGGACCUGUGUCACCUUCUUGAAAGAUCACCAGAGAAAAACAAGGAAGCAUUGCUGAACAAAUUGUUUUCUCAAUGCAAUAUCUGGAUAUGUAAUGAUAAAUUUUCCAUUGUUGAUUUGGCUGCAUACAAUGUGAUAAAACAAUGGAAGAACAUCCCUAAAACUGUUCCUAAAAAAUGGCUUGAUAACUGCUCUAAACUUGGUCAAUAAAUUUUGAAAAAUAUUAUAAA